AUGGCGGCAAACAACAAGCCCACUUCGGUAGCCAAGGACCUCUUCGAGGACAUGGGUCGCCAGGUCGAGGGCAUGAACGCUUCCACUGAGGAUGGUGACGACCAGAGAGUAGUCGACGAGAUUGAGAGUUUGUGCAUGAACUGUCACGCAGACGGCAUGACUCGCCUCCUUCUUACUCGCAUCCCCUACUUCCGUGAAAUCGUCCUCUCAUCCUUCUACUGUCCUCACUGCAGCUUCAAGAACACCGAAAUCUCAUCUGCCGGCCAAAUUCAGGAGCGCGGUUCAAAAUACGUCUUCAAGGUUGAGAACGCCGAUGACUUCCAAAGAUCCGUUGUCAAGGGCGAUAACUGCGCUUUCAGAAUUGAGGACAUUGACCUCGAGAUUCCUCAAGGAAGAGGUCAGAUGACAAACAUUGAAGGUAUUCUUGCUGGUGUUAAGGAGGAUCUGGCACAAAACCAGGAAGCCAGAAUGGAGCAAAUGCCCGAGGCCGGUGCAAAGGUCGCCGAAGUCAUUCAGGCUCUCGGUGACAUGCUCGAGGGCAAGAGAUAUCCCUUCACCGUCUCUGCCGAGGACCCAUCCGGAAACUCAUUCAUCCAGCCUUCGCCUACUGAUGCCCGCCACAAAUACACCCGCACCGAGUUCGCCAGAAGUCCUGAGCAAAACGCUGCUCUUGGUCUCGGUGAAGAAGGCCCUGUCGAUGGCCAAGACGCUCCUGAGACCGAAAUCAGACCCGAGUACCGUGCUGCUGGUGGCCUUGUUGGCGGUAAUGAAGCACCAAGAACAGUUACCACCAAUAACGUCGACGAGGACGAAAUCCGCGAGAACGAAGUCUACUCUUUCCCUGCCAGCUGCCCUGGUUGCACACGCCACUGCACAACCAACAUGAAGAUGGUCAACAUUCCCUUCUUCAAGCAGGUUGUUCUCAUGAGCACCGUCUGCGAGCACUGUGGCUACCGCAGCAACGAAGUCAAGACUGGUGGUGAAGUUCCUGAGAAGGGUUCGAGAAUUACACUCCAAGUCAAGACUCCCGAAGAUCUUGCUCGCGACGUUCUUAAGUCUGAAAGUGCCGCUCUCCUCUGCCCUGAACUUGGUCUUCGCGUCGAGCCUGGUACCCAGGGUGGUCGCUUCACCACUGUCGAAGGUCUGCUAACCAACUUCCGCAAGGACCUCCGCGCACAAGCCUUUGGUCUCGAGAACGGCGACGACGAAGAAGAACUCCGCGCUGCUGCCGACUCGAUGGAGAGUGAGAAGAAGCGUACCUGGGAAGAGUUCUUUGCAACCCUUGGUGAGGCUAUCGAAGGCAAGCGACCUUUCACUGUUGUCAUUGAGGACCCCCUCGCUUCGUCAUAUGUCCAGAGUUACACUGCUCCUGCACCCGACCCGCAAAUCUCGGUUGAGGAGUAUGAGCGUACUGAGGAGGAAGAGGAGGAUUUGGGUCUCAAGGACAUCAACACCGAGGAUUACGGUUACACGCAGACUGAGGAGAAGGAGCAGCCUACCACCACCGAAUGA